GGCGGAGUAAAGACCAUUCUGACUGCUUUCCAGAGCAUUCUGUCCCAAUCAGAUUCCAGCUAUGAAGACUGUCAGACGGUACUGGUGGAACUGCUGGUUGCCAUGGUGAGCCAACGAAUCACAGCCGAGGAACUGGGCCUGUUGAUCCGUCUCUUUCUGGAGAAGAGUCCACCCACUUACAUCCUACUGAAAGGUCUCCUCCAGAUCGUCCAGGCCAACAUGGACAUGGAACCUCUCUACUUCCUCUCCUAUCCCAUGAUCCUCGGCGGCGCGUCCUUCCCUGGUGGUACCUCCCCUGGCUCCAGACAGAAUGGGGGGACUGGGGCGAAGGGGGUCGGAAUGCUGCGGAAGGGGGGGAAGCUGUCCCCGGGACGCAGGGAGGGGGAUGGAGGAGAGGCACAAGGACAUCUAAGGUCCUCUCCGUGGCACGUUGCCCCAUUACACCUCCCUCUGGUGGGGCAGAACUGCUGGCCACACAUGGCCUCUGGGUUCUCUGCCUCCGUCUGGAUGAAGGUGGCUGAGAAUGAAGAGGGAGAAGUACAUACUGAGAAGGAGGAGGGGAAAGCUCCUAUAUUGGAGCCCCACCUGGGGGCCACCCCGGCUGGGCAGAGGGUAGUGGAGGAAGGCCUGAUGCACGUUCUCUCCAUGGGCUCCAAAGCUUUGAUGCUACAGGUCUGGACUGACCUUUCCACUGGAGCGUUCACUUUCAGGAUGUGUAUUGACCCUAAUGAUGAGAUGAAGGCGGGGCUACUGGCCCAGGCAGAGUCAGGGGAGGGGCUAGUCUCACCUGGCUGGUGGCAUCACCUUGGUAUCAGCUACACCCAGCAGCCUGAGGGCAAGAAGAACAUCCACGGAUGCCUGACACUAUGGGUCAACGGAGUCAGGAAGUGUGAGGUGUCUCUGGACUACACGUUACCCAGGAAGUCCAGUCUGUCUUCAGACAGCAACAAGACCUUCUGUCUGCUGGGACACUGUAUGGGACACACUGGGGAACUGACCAGACAGGAUGGACAGUACAACAUGGGCACUGUACUGCUCUUUAACGGCUCCCGUAUCGGGUCAGAGGAGGCGUUCUACCUGUAUGCCUCUGGUCCAGACCUCACGUCUAUCAUGCCCUGUAAGUACGGUAAGCCCAGUGGGACCUUCUCCAAGUACGUGACCACGGACGGGUUAAAGUGUGACACUGUCAGAGAGCUGAUGCUGAAGAACAAGGAUGUGGACACGGCAGCUCUCAUAGAGUGUCUGGCGGUAGUGUAUGCCCCCAGCAGCCCCAGGGUGUAUACCAUCUAUGAGCCAGUGAUCCGUCUGAAGGGUCAGGCUAAGACCAUGGUGUCUCAAAGACCCUUCAGCUCUAAAGAGGUCCAGUCUGCAGUGCUGGAGACACAGACGCUCAGGACCAUGCUGCCUGCAGAACCACAGGGCCUGCAGAACGUCCUCCACAAGAUGGGAGGAACUGGAGCCUUCGUAUUCCUCUUUGCACGGGCCGUGGAGCUGAGUGACAGUGAACAGACCCAAGCUCUUGCCCUCCAGGUACUCCUCUCUCUGGCCAAGUACAACCAGCACCGUAUCAAUGAGAUGGACUGUUACCAUGGUUACUCCAUGAUACACCAGGUCCUCAUCAAGUCCAAGUGCAUCGUGGGGUACCACAUUCUCAAGACCCUGUUAGAUGGGAGCUGUAGCAGUCCUAUCCUGACUCUAGGGGAAGAUGGUCAGUUCCAGCUGGACACAGAGUCUACAGCCGUGGUCCAGGACAUCAAGCUACUGUCUGAGGUUCUGCUGGACUGGAAGAUCUGGGCCAAGGCUCAGGGUGGCGUCUGGGUGACUCUCCUGGGAGCGUUAGAGAUCCUCAUCAGGGUACACCACCCCCAGCAGGUAUUCAACAUCAGACAGUUUCUCAGAGCCCAGGUGGUCCACCGCUUCCUGCUCACCUGCCAGGUACUACAGGAGCACCAGGACGACCACCUGACCUCCAUCCCACAGGAAGUGUGUCUGUCAUUCGUUAAGAUCAUCCAGGAAGUGUUGGGUUCCCCUCCGGAUCUAGACCUCCUCCGAUUGGUCUACAACUUCCUCCUCGCAGUGCACCCGCCCACUAACACCUACGUCUGUCAUACGCCUACAAGCUUCUACUUCUCACUGCACAUAGAUGGGAAGCUGUACCAGGAGAAGGUCCAGUCCAUAAUGUAUAUGAGACAUAUCAACAGUGGAUGGAAGUCAGCUGGUAGCUCAGUGGUCUCUCUCUCUCCGGCCGUCUGUUCUGAGGGUCCUCUUCCUGAAGGUACCAUCCACCUUCAGCCUCCAUCACCUGAAUACGGAGGAGACGACCAGUCCCCCAACCUGGCCCCCUCGCCGUACUCCUCCCCACUGUUCAAGCCCUGUCUUGGCCACGGGUUGGGGGAUGGAGGGGCUGGGAGCCCCAGGGAGGGCCAGGAGGGAGUGGGGGUGACCCUGGGGAGCACAGAGACUCUUAAGAGAGGAGGAGGAGGUGUGGGGGAGGAGCAGCUCCUGUCUAGCUGUGAGUCGGCGAAAACCAUCUGUGACUCCCGAGAGGUGGGAGAGGCACCACGUACCCCGUCCAUCAGCAUCGAGGAGGUGGAGGGGAGGGGUGAGGUAGAUGGGGAGGAGGAGGAGGAGGAGGAGGAGGAGAGGGGGGAGGUGGAUAGUCUGGCAGAGGGCAGCGUGCCACAGAGGCCAGACAGUCUGAAGGGGAUCCCAUCGUUCCAGAGGAGCUCCUCUAACCUAGCCAGCCUUGGCUUGGCUUUCCCUGCCCAGAAUGGGAGCCUGGCCCUCAGUCGCUGGCCCAGUGUGGCCGACCGUGGGACGCUACCAGAGGACUGGGAGAGCUACACCUACUCCCCUGGAUACGAGAGGGCCUACAGCAAAGACUCCAGUAACGACAGGUCCAGUACAGAGGACUGCCUGGUGUUGAUAUGCUAUGGUCUGUUUGACCUGUUGAGAGGGGUUCUGCUACUGCUACCGGACCUGAUGCUGGAGGAGGUGAUGGAUAAACUGAUCCAACCUGAAGCUCUCAUCGUCCUUGUCAACCACUCCUCUCCCCUUAUACAGCAAGGGGUUAUGAAGCUCCUGGAUGCCUACUUCAGCCGAGCGUUUAAGGAGCAGAAGGAGAAGUUCCUGAAGAACCAUGGCUUCAGUCUCUUAGCCAAUCAGCUGUACCUACACCAGGGGACUCAGGGCCUGCUGGAGGUCUUCCUUGAGAUGCUGUUUGGACGACCUGUCGGCCUCGAGGAAGAUCUAGACCUGGAGGACAUGGAGACCAUCAGUCCCUUCAGGAAGCGUUGCAUCAUCCCAGUGCUGGGUUUAAUAGAGAACAGUCUGUGUGAGAAUAGCUUGGUCCACAACGUGCUCUGUAUGCUACUGCAGCUCAUCAACGCCUGUCCCAAACUGGCCGACAUACUGCUGGACCACGGCCUGCUCUAUGUUCUGUUCAAUACCCUGUCUACGCUCAACGGCAUGGAGAACGGUAUACCUCUGAACGACUACAAGCUGCUAGUGGUGGAUAUCCAACAGCUGUUGGUAGCAGUGGCUAUCCACUCCUGCUCCUCCUCUGGUUCUCAGUACUUCAGGAUCAUAGAGGAUCUCAUCACUCUACUGGGCUUCAUGGAGACGUCCAAGAUGAGACGAACCCAGGAGAUGGCAGUGGCCCUGCAGUUCCGUGUCCUCCAAUCAUCUAUUGAGUUCAUAAAGACGACAGCUAAUCAGGACCCUCAGAAGCUGAGCAGCUCUGUCAACGUGCCCUCCUCUUCUCACCAUGCCAUCUACCAGAAACGCAAGAGCAUCGCAGGUCGGCGGCGGUUCUCCCUGGUCCAGUCAGACAGUCUUCUGACCAGGAUGCGUUCUGUAGCCAGUGAUGAGCUCAACCAGAUGAUACAGAGAAGGAUGAGUCAGGAGAACCCGAUCAGAGCAUCAGAGACUGAGUUCAUACAGAGGCUACAGAGACUGGUGGUGCUGGCUGUCAACAGGCUCAUCUAUCAUGACGUGAGCCAAGACUUCUACGACCUGCUGAACUUCCCAGACUCCCCGGACCACCACCUGACCCCUGACCCUGUCGACCCUGUCCACCCCGUCGACCACGCCCCCGAGGAGAACGGCUCCAUCCCUGGCUCAUCAGGCCACACCCCUGGCCCCCCCUCCCCCAUCCCCUUCCCCCUCCCCCCCGCCAACAUGAAGAGUUUCCAGAAAGACAUCCUCAGACUGAUGAUGGAUGGGAUCAAGAUCAGUUUGGGCAGUACGGGUCGUGGCGGGGCCCCCAGGCAGCAGUGGAGGAGGAUCCUGUGGUCGUGUCGGGACACCUUCAGGGUUCAGAUCGGACGUCUCCUGGUGCACACCCUCUCCCCUGCAUUACCCCUCAGGGACAGGAAGGAGGUUCUUGAGUUUGUGUUCGACCCUGCAUACCUUGACAUCCUCAGGGAGAGCCUCAGCCCCGGGUUAGAGCACGGUCCCAAGCUGGCCAUGUAUCUGUAUGAGAUGCUCCAUGACCACAAAGAUGCUCUGACCAAAGAGGAGCAGACCGCUGUGGGCAUGUUCAUGACAGCGCUGAAGCUGUGUGGUCAUCGCUGCAUCCCGCCCAGCGCACCGCACAAACCCGACCUGCUCAAGGCUAUCAAAGAGGAACAGUUGAAAUACGAGGUGGAAGAGAAGAGCAGUAAGCUGGCCUGGGAGAAAAAGAUUUCCAACACACAGAAAAGUCUGAUCCAGCGUCUGGACGGUAAGUCCAAGGACAUCUCUAAGAUCGCAGCCGACAUCACCCAGAAUGUGUCACUGAGACAGGGUAUGGAGAGAAAGAAAGUCAUCCAACACAUCAGAGGGCUCUAUAAGAUGGACCUCAGUGCCUCAAGACACUGGCAGGAACUGGUUCAGACACUCACACACGACCGUGCUGUGUGGUAUGACCAGAUGUCGUACCCUACCUCCUGGCAGCUGGACCCUACAGAGGGACCCAACAGGGAGAGAAGACGGCUGCAGAGGUGUUACCUCACCAUCCCCAACAAGUACCUGCUCAAAGACCGACGCAAGCCAGACGACUCUGCAGCGCGGGCUCCACUGUCCUUCCUGUUUGAGGAUAAGACCCACUCCUCCUUCUCCUCCACGGUGAAAGACAAGGCCACCAGCGAACCAAUCAGAUUCACCAGACGCUGCAUCAGUGUUGCUCCGUCUAGAGAGACCUCAGGAGAGCUGCUGCUGGGGAAGUCUGGGAUGUACUUUGUGGAGGAUAACGCGGCUGACGCCCAUGACAACCAGAGUAUCCAGGGUGAGACAGAGGCAGCAUCAUUCUCUUGGACCUAUGAGGAGAUAAAGGAGGUCCAUAAGAGGUGGUGGCAGCUCAGAGACAACGCUGUAGAGAUCUUCCUCUCCAACGGACGGACCCUGCUGCUAGCCUUCCACACCACCAAGUUCCGUGAUGACGUGUACCACAACAUCCUGACCUCCGACCUUCCCAAUCUCCUGGAGUACGGCAACCUCACGGCGUUAACACACCUGUGGGGCUCGGGGCAGAUCAGUAACUUUGAGUACUUGACGCACCUCAACAAGCACUCUGGGCGGAGCUUCAACGACCUGAUGCAGUACCCUGUCUUCCCCUUCAUACUGAAGGACUACAUCUCAGAGACACUGGACCUUGGGGACAGCGCCAUCUACAGGAACCUGAACAAGCCCAUAGCAGUCCAGUCUAAAGAGAAGGAGGAUCGCUAUGUGGACAAUUACAAGUACCUAGAGGAGGAGUAUCGGAAGGGAGCGCAUGACGACGAUCCCAUGCCUCCUGUCCAGCCGUACCAUUAUGGAUCUCACUACUCCAACUCCGGCACUGUGCUACACUUCCUGGUUCGCAUGCCUCCGUUCACCAAGAUGUUCCUGGCCUACCAGGAUCAGAGCUUUGAUAUCCCCGACCGGACGUUCCACUCUAUGAAUACAACAUGGCGUCUCUCCUCCUUCGAGAGCAUGACUGACGUCAAGGAGCUAAUACCGGAGUUCUUCUACCUCCCGGAGUUCCUGGUCAACAGAGAGGGUUUUGACUUUGGUGUGCGUCAAAACAGUGAGCGUGUGAACCACGUCAACCUGCCACCCUGGGCGCGUAACGACCCUCGUCUCUUCAUCCUGAUCCACCGCCAGGCCCUGGAGUCAGACCAGGUCUCUCAGACCCUCUGUCAGUGGAUUGACCUGGUGUUUGGGUUGAAACAGAAGGGCAAGGCUGCUGUUCAUGCCAUCAACGUAUUCCACCCAGCUACAUACUUCGGUAUGGACGUGUCGUCAGUGGAGGACCCGGUGCAGCGGCGUGCGUUGGAGACCAUGAUCAAGACGUACGGACAGACGCCCAGACAGCUUUUCUCUGCGUCCCACAUCAGCAGAGCCGGACCCAGGCUCAUUAUGGAGGGAGAGCUCCCUGCUGCCAUGGGUCUCCUGGUGCAGCUGGCCUUCAGAGAGACCAGGGAACAGGUCAAAGAGAUAGUUUACCCGAGUCCCCUGUCCUGGAUCAAGGGUCUGAAGUGGGGUGAGUAUGUGGGCUCGCCCAGCUCUCCAGACCCUGCAGUGUGUUUCAGCCAGCCCCAUGGGGAGAGGUUUGGAUCUUUACUGGCUCUCCCUACCAGAGCCAUCUGUGGACUGUCACGCAACUUCUGUCUCAUGAUGAUCUACAGCAAGGAACAAGGUGUGAGGAGUAUGCACAGUACAGAUAUCCAGUGGUCUGCCAUCUUGAGUUGGGGCUAUGCUGACAACAUGCUGAGGCUAAAGAGCAAACAGAGUGAACCGCCCAUCAACUUCAUACAGUGCUCUCCACUACACCAGGUAACAGCGUGUGCCUGGGUGUCUGAUGGUUGUCAGCUGUUUACCGGCAGUAGAUGUGGAGUCAUCACGGCCUACAUUAACCGCUUCAGUACAUCUACUCCUGCGGAGAUGGAGGUGGAGUCCCAGGUCCACCUGUACGGCCACAGCUCUGAGGUGACCAGCCUCCAUGUGUGCAAACCAUACAGCAUCCUCAUCUCCGUCUCCAGGGACGGAACAUGCAUCCUCUGGGACCUCAACAGGUUGUGUUAUGUCCAGAGCCUGACGGGUCACAAGAGCCCAGUGACAGCAGUGUCAGCCAGUGAGACCACAGGGGACAUCGCAACUGUCUGUGACUCAGUGGGCGGGGGCAGUGACCUACGGUUGUGGACGGUGAACGGCGAUCUGAUUGGCCACGUCCACUGCCGUGAGAUCAUCUGCUCUGUGGCGUUCUCCAAUCAGCCGGAGGGAGUGUCUGUCAAUGUCAUUGCAGGGGGACUGGAGAACGGAGUGGUCAGGCUGUGGAGCACUUGGGACUUGAAGCCAGUGAGAGAGAUCACCUUCCCCAAGUCUAACAAGCCCAUCAUCAGCCUGACGUAUUCAUGUGACGGCCACCACCUCUACACAGCUAACAGCGAGGGGACGGUCAUGGCCUGGUGCAGGAGAGACCAGCAGAGGAUGAAACUGCCCAUGUUCUACAGCUUCCUGUCUAGCUACGCUGCCAGCUGACAGACAGGGCCUUAAAGGACUACACUACCCACAAUCCUCCCCGAGAGACGUGAUUACAAUACCCACAGUCCUAUUCUGACGCAUGGCUCCAGACUACCCGCUUAGAGACCGCAUGUUGAGUCAGAACUACAAUACCCACAGUCCUCUGCUCUUAUGGCGGCCCCCAGACCUCCCGGCAUGUUGAGUCAGAACUACAAUACCCAUAGUUCUCUUCUCUUCUGACGCAUUGCUCCAGACUACCCUGGGACAAAACUACAAUAACCACAGUUCUCCAGGCGGACAGAACAGCCCGAGCCUCUCCGUGAGCAGUCAGUCCCCUUCUCUCCCCCCGCCGGGAGACCCGCCUCCGGCAAUCUACAGCCAUUUCGUGCAAGCAGACUAGUGGCUGUAAACAUUAAGCUAUGAUAUGAUAUUAAAGAUCUAUAGAUAUACUGGUAUGUAACAGGGCAGGCUGAGGCUGUCAUGGACACCAACCUUUUGUUCUGAUUGUUGUUCUGAUUGUAUGAUUUUUGUUUUGUUUGAGUUUGGUCUUUUUUGCUUUUGGAAUAUUUUCGUUUUGUUGUCGUGGUAAUAAUGUUCCUUCCUUCUGAAAUGUGUUGCUGAUGACUUGAUUGGUUGACUGUCCUGGUGAGCUGCUACAUACCAUCUCACCAAUCCCAAGUCAGACCAAAGGCCCCGCCUCUGCUAGUGUCUGACCAAUCCAAAGCCAGAGCAGAGGGUUGAAGACCCGCCCCCCCCGCCUCGUCUCUCCUUUACGGCCAACGCAUGUGUCUCUCUGCAUGAGUCACCUGACCGAUGGCUCUUAUUCCUUAGAGACCAGGAAAAGCUGCAGUUACAGGGAUGGAGACACUGCAUAUCUGUCACCUACCUGGAGAUGGCCUGGCCCUGCAUGGUCCUAUGGGGACUGAGAUAGCCCUCCUGUCGACUCUGAACUCUAGACUACGUAAACCAGCUAGGGUUGUGGAGGUGGGAUCUGGGAUGAUGAGAUGAUCUGGGUUGAUAGGAGUCACUGCUCCGUGUGUUGCCUGUAAUGCCCUGGACUGUGCCCUAAUAAAUGCCCUCUUCUUGCAUGCUGGAAUGAAGGAGACUGAGGGGGAAUGUAUACAUAUGUGUGUGGAUGUGUAGGUGUGUGUGUGUGUGUGUAGGUGUGUGGUUGUGUAGGUGUGUGGAUGUGGAUGUGUGUGUGUGUAGGUGUGUGUGUGUGAAAGCAAUAACUCCGUUAUGUUCCUACCUUGUUUAAUCCUGCUCCUUGUUGUGUCCAUUUUGUUAAAGUGCUGUUGUCAUCAUCUCUUAUUACCAAUGAAAGCUGAGAAUUA